AUGAAUGAUAAUAGCAAUGGCAGCAAUAGCAAUAGUAACUGGUUGGGUUUUUCUCUGUCACCCAUGAAAAUGGAGGGUUCUUCUGCUUCAGAUCCUCACCAUCAUCAUCAUAAUCAGUUCAAUCAUCAAACUGAAGCCCCUCCUACUACCUCCGCAGUUCCAGAAAGCAAUUUCUAUCUUUCACCUCCUCACCUGAAUACUUCAGCCAUCUGUUAUGGAGUAGGUGAAAUGAGUGGCUUUCACUCUCCUUUGUCCGUAAUGCCUCUUAAAUCUGAUGGCUCCCUUUGCAUUAUGGAAGAUUUCUCUAGAUCCCACGCACAAGCUAUGGUACCAAAUUCCUCUCCUAAACUGGAAGAUUUCUUGGGUGGUACAACAAUGGCAAGUCAUGACUAUGGGAGCCAUGAGAGAGCAGCAAUGGUUCUAAGCUUAGACAGCAUGUUCUACAGCCAAGUCCCCUUCAGGCAGCAGCAACACCAUCAGUAUUAUUCUGGGCUACAGUGCAAUGGCAUGUAUCAGAGAAUAGAUGAGGAACAACCUAAGGAAACUCAACUCGUCGACUGUAAGCUUCCUCCAACAAGUGAAAAUGAAAUUCCAUGUCUGAAAACAUGGGUGGAUCAUCAUCCCUUAGAACAUCAGGUAAAUGGUUGUAUGGUUGAUGGCCAUAAUAUUUGUGGUGGUGAUGCAAUGGGCUGUGGGGAUUUGCAGUCUUUGAGCUUGUCCAUGAGUCCUAAUUCUCAGUCUAGUUGUGUCACUGCUUCAAGGCAAAUCUCACCCACUGAAACUCACUGUAUAGCCUUGGGAACCAAGAAGAGAGGAUCUGAAAAAGUUGCACAAAAGCAAACUGUUCAUAGGAAAUCUAUUGACACAUUUGGUCAAAGAACAUCCCAGUAUAGAGGUGUAACUAGACAUAGGUGGACUGGUCGAUAUGAAGCUCACCUGUGGGAUAAUAGUUGCAAGAAGGAGGGGCAGACUAGAAAAGGAAGGCAAGUUUAUCUGGGUGGUUAUGAUAUGGAAGAGAAGGCUGCAAGAGCAUAUGAUCUUGCUGCACUUAAGUACUGGGGUCCCUCUACACAUAUUAAUUUCCCGUUGGAGAACUACCAGCAAGAGCUUGAGGGGAUGAAGAACAUGAGUCGACAAGAAUACGUCGCCCAUUUAAGAAGGAAAAGUAGUGGAUUUUCUAGGGGAGCUUCAAUGUACAGAGGAGUUACAAGGCAUCAUCAGCAUGGCAGAUGGCAGGCUCGGAUUGGCCGGGUUGCCGGGAACAAGGACCUCUAUCUUGGAACUUUCAGCACUCAAGAGGAAGCAGCUGAAGCUUAUGAUAUUGCUGCAAUCAAGUUCCGGGGCGUGAAUGCUGUGACUAACUUUGACAUAUCAAGAUAUGACGUUGAGAAAAUUAUUGCGAGCAAUACGCUGCCUACUGGAGAGUUAGCAAGGCGAAAUAAGGAGAGGGAGCCGCAGCCUGAGGUCAUCGAGUACAAUGCAGUAGCACAGAAACCGGAGGGAUAUGCUCAACUGGAGAAUAUACCUGAUUGGAAAACGGUGCUAUACCAAUCCCGCAGACAUCAACAAAAUGAUUCUUUGGAAUUAAUGAAUGAGAAAACAAUCCAUGCAGGAAAUCCUUUCUUGGUAGGGCUGCAGGGUUUGAUUGGAAUCGACGCGGCUAACAUGAGCCAGCCAGUUAUGGAUGAAAAGAUCGAUCCUGGGAAUGGGACACAACACUUCUCGAACCCAUCGUCUUUGGUUACCAGCUUAAGCAGCUCAAGGGAAGCGAGUCCAGAUAAAACAGAUGCCUCCAUCCUCUUUGCAAAGCCCACUACGCUCACCACUACGUCUGCCUCGACUCACAUCAAUCCCUGGAUGAACAGUAGCAUCGCUCAACUGAGGCCUCUUCCACCCUCAGUGGCUCAGUUACCAGCUUUUGCUGCCUGGAAUGACACAUGA